AUGGCAGAGUUUGGGGCUUACAUUCAGAGAGCCUUCCCAGCUGUAUUUUCUUCAAAGUUCAUCCAGCACGAGAUUGUUGGGCAGUACAGCCACCUCUUGACUGUGGAGGGCUCUGAGCCUGCCCUGAUGCCCUACAUGCUGCUGGCACACAUGGAUGUGGUGCCUGCUCCCCCUGAGGGCUGGGAAUUCCCUCCUUUCUCAGCUGCAGAGCACGAAGGUUUCAUCUACGGACGAGGAACACUGGACAACAAGAACUCUGCCAUAGGCAUUCUGCAGGCUCUGGAAUUCUUGCUGAGGAGGAAUUACAGACCCAAACGCUCUUUCUAUGUUGGUAUUGGCCACGAUGAAGAGGUGUCAGGUUGGAAGGGAGGAAUGAGAAUAGCCGCUCUGCUGGAAGCCAGAGGAGUGAAACUCUCCUUCUUGCUGGAUGAGGGAAGUGCAGUCCUGGAUGGCAUCAUUGCAGGAGUGGAGAAACCAGUGGCUGUAAUUGCCAUCACAGAAAAGGGUUCAAUGACACUAAACUUCAGUGUGGAAAAAGACCCUGGACAUUCAUCCUUCCCUCCUAAGGAGACAAGUAUUGGCAUUCUUGCAGCAGCAAUGUCCAGUCACUAAUAGCCAGGGAUUGUUUUCCACAUGUUUUGCAGACUGGAGCAGAAUCCCUUACGCAACCUGUUUGGCCAAGGGCCAGAGCUCAUGACCAUGGAGCACCUUGCAGCAGAGUUUAGGUUUCCUCUCAACCUCAUCAUGAGCAAUCUGUGGCUGUUUUCACCUGUUGUCAGCAGAGUUCUUGCCCAGAAACCUUCCACCAACGCCUUGAUCCGAACCACAACUGCAGUCACCAUAUUUAAUGCAGGAAUCAAGGUGAAUGUCAUCCCUUCUUCUGCCAAAGCCACAGUGAACUUCAGGAUCCACUCAGCUGAGACAGCUGCUGAGGUGCUGGAGGCAGUUAGAAACACCAUUGCUGACAACAGGGUGAAGAUUGAUGUGGUAGAGGCCUUUGACCCACUCCCCAUCAGUCCUUGGGAUGACCAGACAUUUGCAGUCCAUGUUUUUCAAAGGACCAUCCUGGAUACUUUCCCAGAUGUUGACAAUGUAGUCCCAGGCACCUGCAUAGGAAACACAGACAGUAGACACUUCACCAACGUCACCAAGGCCAUUUAUCGCUUCAACCCUGUGCUCCUGAGACCAGAUGAUCUGCCCAGGAUCCAUGGGUUGAAUGAGAGAAUCUCCAUUGAGAAUUAUGAGAAACAGGUCGAGUUCCUCUUUCAGCUGAUCAAGAACUGUGACACUGACAAAGUCCCAGAGCCACAUGCCAACUCCCAUGAGCUGUGA